AUGAGUGAAGUGAUCACGACUGAUGUCAAGCCAGCGGCACCCUCAUAUGUUAACGUUCAAGAGGAUAAACGUUUGUCGCAAAUGUUGCCGCCAGCGGCAGCGCCGCAACCCGCAACAAACUCAUUUGUCGUACUCAGAGAGAGCCCAAUGCCAGCCGUUCAACCAGCAGUCAGAAGUUCGUUCGUGCCAACCAGAGAGAGUCCAAUGCCAGCCGUACAGCCGGCAGCAAGAACUUCUUACAUUGUGACCAGGGAGAGUCCAAAUCCAAUUACUCAAAAUCCGCCACAGCAGUUCGCAGCUAAUGACUGGACAAACAACGUAUCAGAAGUUCCACGAAGAGAAUUUGUUCCGGUAUUGCCGGCAAUCGACCCCGCCGACUAUCGCCCGGAUGAACCAGAAGUGAAAAGAGUAAACGAACGUCGUCCACCUGUUGGUGGUCGUUUGGUCCUGCCUACUUCCAUCGAUGCUUCAGUUAUUGGAAAUAGAGCAUCAAUGCACAACGUCGAAGAAUACAUUCAACCGAGCUAUACCGCCAAUCGCCCAGUUUCGCAGGUUGCGCAAGUCCCACAAAUUCCGGCAAAGCCAGCAGGCGCUAUUCGGCUGUCCGUCUUUCAAAGAUCUACCCAUAUAUUUCGCACAAACUUGACCCAUGAUGUUUGUGCUAUGCUUCACAAUUGA